CCUGGAAGAGUCAACUACGCCACUUGAUAAGCGCAUAGUCAUCUACAUUGCACAAUGUCGGUUAGCUCAACUUCUGGAGCCAUGCUUCGACGAACGAUCUUCAACGUCAGAUCAGCGGCGAGACCAUUCGGCGCUGCCGAAUCCCGAACUGCCCGGCCCAGCGUGCUUGGAUCCUACAGAAGUGUCCAUCGGUCUGCUCGCCUGCCCGCUAUCACAGCCUCCGAGGCUCGUCAUAGGCCGACCUUGCGACCUCAUCAACAGUCCUCGCGGGUGAAUGGACUGUCGCCGACCAGCAAGCGAUCGAUCUUCAUUCAAACAGAGAACACGCCGAAUCCCGACGCCUUGAAAUUCAUCCCCAACCACCGCGUUCUGCCCGAAGAUUUCCCUACCUCCUUCCUCGAGUAUCUGUCUCCUCGAUCUACGCUCGCUCCUCCGCAUCCCUCGCCGCUGGCCGCGAACCUCCUGAAUGUUGACGGCAUCACAUCGGUCUUCUACGGCACUGAAUUCAUCACGGUGACCAAGGCAAGCGAUGCCAACUGGGCCCACAUCAAGCCGGAAGUUUUCAGUCUUAUCACGCAAACCGUCACUUCGGGCGAGGCGAUCGUCAACACCGUAGCCAAGACCGGCGAACAUGCACAGGAAGGUGGCGAGGAAGACUCGCUCAGCUACAACGAAGAUGACGAGGAGGUCAUCAGCAUGAUCAAGGAGCUUCUGGAGACGAGGAUCCGACCCGCUAUCCAGGAAGAUGGCGGCGAUAUUGACUUCCGGGGGUUCGAAAAUGGCAUCGUCAUGCUGAAGUUGCGCGGAGCUUGCCGGACCUGCGAUUCCAGCACGGUUACGCUGAAGAAUGGUAUCGAAUCGAUGCUGAUGCAUUAUAUCGAGGAAGUCCAGGGAGUUGAGCAGGUGAUGGAUGAGGAGGAAACGAUCUCGAUGCAUGAAUUUGCUAAGUUCGAAGAGAAAUUGCGCCAGCAAAAGGGACCCGAGGCCACCGCUUCCACGGGAGGUAAGGGUACUUUGGACACGGCCGCCUAAAAAGAUGCACUGGAUUCCGAUCUCAUACGUGCCUCAUGUUUGGUUCAUUUAUAUACCGCUUUUGUUCGUUGUGUUCUACUGUUACAAUUUUAAUGAUUGGAUAGAGCCCUGGGCGCGUCAUGUUUGUUAGCCUUUCGCGUUGUGGAAAAUUGUACCAUAUCAGAUAUCUAAAUCAGCUUUAAACUCUGCGUGUAG